CCCUUUUUGCCUCCUUUGGUCGAUUGACUCCUUCCCACGUCUUAUACUUCUCUAGAGAGACAUACCCGACGUCGUAAUCGAUCAAACGGCCUUUCGCGAACGUAUAAUCAGGAGGAUGCCUGACCUCCGGCGUCGCGCGGUCAAGCAGCCAUCGCGCGAUGAAAACGGCGACAAUAACGACACAAAGGAAGCUUCCCUUAGCGACGCCGAAACAAAAACAAAAACCUCCAGAAAGGCUCACAAACAUGGCACCAACGCUGAACGUGAUAAGAAACAAUCAUUGAGCCCAAUUGUCAGGUUAAAAAGAUACAUAACCAAGCCCCGCGGAAAGCGCCGGCAUAGUUUUGUGUUUUUGCUUGGUGGACUAUUUGGGAUAUUCAUUGCGCUGUUCUUCGCGAAUCAGAAUGAAGUUAUUAGUCUUGAUGCGCUUAUGGAUCUUAAUCUUGACUCGUUAAUUGAUGUUAUGCCUACUGGGUUUCUGAAGGAUGCAAAGGAGAUUACGAAACACGAACGCGAUACAGUCAGCUAUGACUCCUUUUCUGUUGGUCUACAAUUAAAGUCGGAAGGCAUUCAAGCCAAGCAUCCCGUUGUCAUGAUCCCCGGCGUCAUCUCUACAGGACUCGAGAGUUGGGGUACCGAGACCGAAUCGAGGCAAUACUUCCGGAAGAGGCUAUGGGGUAGUUGGAGCAUGAUGCGAGCAUUGGUCAUGGACAAAGCAUCCUGGAAGAAUCAUAUCAUGCUCGAUAAGGAGACAGGGUUGGAUCCUCGAAACAUCAAGUUACGGGCCGCGCAAGGGUUUGAUGCCACUGAUUUCUUCAUUACGGGGUACUGGAUAUGGAAUAAAAUCCUGGAGAAUUUGGCGACUAUUGGAUACGACCCGACGAAUGCAUUUUCGGCUGCGUAUGACUGGCGCUUGUCGUAUAUCAACCUCGAAACCCGGGAUCAGUACUUCAGCCGUCUCCGGUCACACAUCGAGAUGACAGUGCAUACAAGAAAAGAAAAAAUCACAUUAAUAUCACACAGUAUGGGAUCUCAGGUAGUCAUGCAUUUCUUCAAAUGGGUAGAGAACGAGCAACACGGCAACGGCGGUAAAAACUGGGUGAAUCGUCACAUUGACUCCUGGGUCAAUAUCAGCGGUUGCAUGCUCGGAGCCGUGAAAGGGUUAACUGCCGUACUUUCCGGCGAGAUGCGCGAUACAGCACAACUCAAUUCCUUUGCAGUCUACGGCCUUGAGCGGUUUUUGUCGAAGGAAGAACGAGCAGAAAUCUUCCGUGCUAUGCCCGGUAUAUCAAGCAUGUUACCCAAGGGUGGCGACGCGGUCUGGGGUAACGGUACCUGGGCACCGGAUGACAAACCAGACAACACCCUCAGUUACGGCAACUUCAUCCGUUUCCGCGAAACGAACUCGUCAUGGACAAGCAGAAACCUCACCAUGGAAAAUAGUCUAACUUACCUCUUCAACCAAAGCGAGGACUGGUACCGCAAUCAAGUCCACAACAACUACUCCCAGGGCGUAGCACAUACCCGCGCCGAAGUAGAAGCAAACGAAAACGAUCCUCGCAAAUGGCUGAAUCCACUCGAAUCCCGUCUUCCUCUAGCACCAGACAUGAAAAUAUAUUGCUUCUAUGGAGUCGGCAAACCCACUGAACGAGCCUAUUUCUACCAAGAAGAAAACGACCCCUUGACCCGUCUCAAUGUCUCAAUCGAUACCACCGUCACCGAACCAGACAGCACCCUUAAUGGACCCGAUCACGGCGUCGUAAUGGGCGAAGGAGAUGGGACAGUUAGUUUGCUAAGUAUGGGAUACAUGUGUUCCCGCGGCUGGCGAAUAAAACGCUACAACCCUUCCGGGAUAAAAAUCACCGUUCAUGAAAUGUUACAUGAACCAGAUAGUUUUUCCACCAGGGGGGGUCCUAAUACUGCUGAUCACGUGGAUAUUUUGGGUAGGGCUUCGUUGAAUGAUUUACUACUGAGGGUUGCUGGUGGGAAAGGGGAUUUGAUUGAGGAGCAUUAUGUUUCGAAUAUUAGGGAGUAUGCGGAAAGGGUUAAGAUUUAUGAUGAUGAUGAUGAUGAUGACAAUUGAAUUUUUAUUCCUAGAUUUUGGAAAGAUAUA